CCCUUGCUUUCUUUCUCGCAGUUCCGCCGCCGCCGCCGUCGCCGUCGCCGUCGCCGGAGCCUGAGCCCGACCGCGGCGGAAUCUCCGAAAACUCGCGCGGCUUCGCCUCCGGGAGGAGGAAUCUGGAGAGUUAAUAGCGCCUGUCAGCUCCCUGUAUUUCUGUCUCUCUGUGUGUCUCAAACUUAUAACGAGCCGGGACAGAAAGAUUUCAUCGAAGUGGAGGAGCCAUGGCUGGGAAAGAGGAGAAGAGGUCGCGCAAGGAGAAGCGGAAAGAAGCGAGAUCGGAGAAGCAAAAACUGCGCUUUCUUUCUUGGGUUCAGCAUCAGGGUGGCAAAAGCAAAAGUAAGAAGCCGGUAGAGCCAUCUGUAGAAUCAAGUCCAGUAGAGGAAAAGAAACCAAAGAAAGAACCUACCAAUGUGAAGAAGAGAAGGAGGGAUACUGAGGCUAAGCCCAAGUCCAAGUCCAAAUUCCAGGAAUAUCUUGAGAUGGAGAGGGGUGGAGCUGUGAGCAGAGAGGAGGAUCUGGAGACAGAGAGGAGGCUAGCGAAGAAACUCAAGGUGAAGAAAGGAAAGUUGGGAGGUCCAGAUGAUGGUAUGGACAGCCUUUUCGCGGACCUUGGAUUUGAGGGCGACUUCGGUUCAGAUGAUGAGGCAAAAGAGUUUGAUUGGAAUACGGUGGAUGAUACUGAAGUAGACAAGAAAAAAGGGAAAAAGAAAAAGAAGAAAGUGAAGAAUGAUGCCACUGAGGAACUAUAUGAUGGGGGUGUGAGUGAAGAGAAUGAUGAAGCAGUUCAGCAAUCUGAGAAUGAAGUAGACAAGAAAAAAGGGAAAAAGAAAAAGAAGAAAGUGAAGAAUGAUCCCACUGAGGAACUAUAUGAUGGGGGUGUGGGUGAAGAGAAUGAUGAAGCAGUUCAGCAAUCUGAGAAUGAAGAGCCUAAUGUGGUUGAACUACCUAUGGCGUCAAAGGCGAAGUAUGUACCUCCAAGUUUGCGUGCUACUUCCAAUUCAGAAUCAGAAGAGAUCGCUCAGAUUCGCCGGAGAGUGAGAGGGCUAUUGAACAGGCUCUCAGAAUCGAACGUGGAGUCCAUUACUCAGGAAAUUGCUGCGCUAUUUAGUUCAGUUCCAAGAAGUACCGGUUGCCAGGUAAUUGGCGAUGAAGUUUUGGCAAGUUGUUCACGAGGACCUCGUGGAAAUGAACAGUAUGCUGCUGUAUUUGCAUCAUUUGUUGCAGGUAUGGCAAGCCUGGUUGGCAUUGACUUCAGUGCCAAGAUCCUUGCUUCUCUUGCAAAGUUGUUUGAGGAUGAGUACUCAAAAGAAGAUGGUCUAUCUCUGAGGAAUCUUACUUUACUGCUCUGUUAUUUGUGCAUAUUUGAUGUCAUUUCAAGUGAUCUUGUAUAUGAUCUGCUAUCAGUGCUGAGCAAGCGCUUGACAGAGCUGGAUGUCUCGACUGUAUUGACCAUCCUACAGUGCUGUGGAAUGAAGCUACGUGGAGAUGACCCCAGUGCAAUGAAAGACUUUGUUCUCAGUAUUCAGAACUCUGUAAACCAGUUGAAACUGAAAGCGCACCCAGCUGGUCAAGAUAAUGGACAAGCAGAGAUGCAUAGCAAAAGAAUGGAAUUUAUGCUCGAGACAAUAUGUGACAUUAAGAACAACAAAAAAAGGCCCAAAGAGGAUCCUGCACACCACACUCGCAUAAAAAAGUGGCUUCAAAAGCUGAAAGCAGAAGAUGUCCUCUUGCGCGGGUUAACAUGGAAUAAGCUUUUGGAUCCUGAUAAGAAAGGGCAGUGGUGGUUGUCUGGGGAUGUUUCAUCCACUGUAGGCAAUAUUGAAGAAGUUGCGGCAGUUAUAAGCAAGGAGGUUGUUGAAGCACAAAAACUUGUUCAGCUUGCAGCUGCUCAGCGGAUGAACACUGACAUACGAAGAGCAAUCUUCUGCAUUAUAAUGAGUGCUGAGGACUAUGUAGAUGCUUUUGAGAAGCUCUUGAGGUUGGACCUUUCCGGGAAGCAGGAUCGGGAAAUCAUAAGGGUCAUUGUGGACUGUUGUCUGCAAGAAAAGAUGUUCAAUAAGUAUUACGCAGUCCUCGCUUCGAAGCUAUGCAGCCAUGAUAAAAAUCACAAGUUCAGCUUACAGUACUGCAUCUGGGAUCAUUUUAAGGAGUUAGAUAAUAUGGAGUUGAAUCGAUCCAUGAAUCUUGCAAAACUAGUUGCGGAGAUGCUGGCAAAUUUUACACUCUCACUUGCAACCCUGAAGGUUGUCAAAAACCUGGCAGUGGAGGUGAUUCCAAAAAGGACCAUUCAUUUCCGAAUGCUGUUUGAGACCUUACUACAAAAGGAUGAUGCGGUGGUGUGGAACGUCUUUACACGCAUUGCUGGACUUCCAGAGCUUGAAAUUUUGAGAGAUGGCCUCGUGCUAUUCAUCAAGCAGCAUGUUAUUGCUAAGGACACCGGUAAGGACUUGGCUAGCAAAUUCAAGAUCGCAAAGAAAGCGCUUGAUAAUACUGCUGGAGUUUUGAUGUAAUUUGUCUGACAUUUCAAGGUGUUACCUCCCUGUACCCAUUUUUGACUCUGUGUCCCUCCAGUUUACCUAUACAACUAGCAAUCAUGUGACACAGCUCUAGGUUGUAGGUUCAUUAUUGUGCUCUGAGAAAUCAGAGGAUUUUUUUCUAAGUUACCCACAUGAGGAAUUUGAGAGAAUCUUCAUGUGUGACACUGAUGCAUUCGCAAUUAGAAAGCUUGUCCUGAGAGACCUUGAUGGGGCUUGAAUGUUAAAUCAAAAUUUCUGGGAGAAUGAACACACAUGUCAAUUUAGAGUA